AUGCAGAAACAAAGAAGUACCGAGAAAAAUGUUCCUGCAGCAAAAAAGACCGAUAAAACUUCAGUGGGGGUGAGUAAGGGCAUGCCAGCACACCCACGUUCCCCGUCCCACUCAGUAACCCAGAGGCUUAUUUCACCAGGAAAAUCUUCAUUGGUGGCAAAGGAGAAACAGCCACCCUCCUCUCAUACCCUCUCUCAAGCCCGCUCAUAUGCUAGUGCAGCCGGGACCCGCUCGCAGAGAUCUGAGAGCGGGGGGAUCGCGGCCACACACACAGUGACUCCUGGGGGGUCUGAAAACCGCUCCGAGCAUUUGAUUAGCUCGGAGCGUGUACAUUCUGCUCCUGCAAGCAGAGCAAGCAGAGACAGCAGCCGCUCGCGGCUUACAUGUAAAGCAGCCCGGUCCCUAGCAUAUAAUGGAGGCCGGGCUGAGGAUGAGGGGGCGGGCGGCGGGAGGUUUCGAUCCCCGUCGUGGUCCCCUGCCUCACGGCAGUCAGACUUGACGGGAGGGACCUCUGCCGCUCGUUCCCCUCACACAGUCAGUCUUAAAGGGACAGCAGAGAGCCUCAAUGUGCAAGAUAUGGAGGAAGAUUGUUUUAAUGUGCCCCAAAUUUUUCAUCAUAUGGUCACCAAAACCGAUACCACUAAAAUGGAUGACAACAUGACCCCAGUUCCAGUCAUACUUAAAAUGGCCACCAAUACAGCACACACUACCAAUGUUACAACUAAGAUGGCCACUACUCCUCCCAAGACAAUUUCUACUGCUUUCAAGACUAUGACCUAUAACCCUCACAUGCCGCUGGAAAUGGCAGAGGAUUUACCACCGUCGGCGGGACUAAUUAUCCAAUUAAUACAAGACCUGCGUGUGGACUUAAAAAAUUAUCUCAAAAAAGAUUUUGACAACAUGUAUGGGAUUCUGGAGAACAUUGGUCAACGCAAGGAGGCCGUUGAACACAGAUUAUCUACACAAGAAUCCGCUCAUUUAGAAUUGGAAAAAACUGUUAAGGAGCUUCAAAAGCAGGUCAACCAGCAGGCAUAG